AUGCAGCCGUCCGCCUGCACCUGCCAGUGCUGCGCCUCUUUCGUGUUCGACUGCGUCUCGCUCAAAGAGCCGAGGUACAUCACCCACCUUCAGGCUCUACCUUAGGGUACUCCUGCUCUCGACUGUCCUUGUUGGACACGUUGACUGACUUGGCUACACUGCUACACAGACCCACCCUCGACGUGCCAGCGUCCGAGGUCUGUUUUCCCUUUGCCUGCACCUGCCAGUGCUGCGCCUCUCCCGUUCGCCUGCGUCUCGCUCAAAGAGCCGAGGUACAUCACCCCCCUUCAGGCUCCACCUUAGGGUACUCCUGCUUUCGACUGUCCUUGUUGGACACGUUGACUGACUUGGCUACCUUGCUACACAGACCCACCCUCGACGUGCCAGCGUCUGAGGUCUGUUUCCUUUGCUGUCUUCUUGUCUCCAAGCGACACGCUUUACAAGCAUAGUCGUUCUAUCUUCGUCUCCUCCCACCCACCCUACAAAAUAAAUAAAUACAAAAACAGCCUUGUGUUCUUUCCUUUACUUUCUUAUCUAUGGUCUCUCGUGGGUAGAUUUUCAACCCAUCCCGUUUGUUACGGGAUGCCUGGUUCUUAUGCUGCAAAUCCGACUCCAUCCCAGCUAUUUCGGUUCGCAUUGCGCUCUUACGAUGGAGUCGAAUUGAGUUAGCGCACUUGAGUUGGCGCAGUCGAGCGCCCGAGUUAGCGCACUUGAGUUAGCGCACCGCGCGCGUGAGUUGGCGCACCGAGUUGGCGCAAUCAGGCGCGCCGCACGCGGCCAUCCCCUUGUCUUCAUGCUGCAACGUGCCAUAUCCUACGGUGCAACUGCUGUCACGCUUCUUUCGGAAACGAAGCGCCGAUAACACGGACGACAAAAUCGUCGGCACCUCGGCUACGACAGCAUCGACAGCGUGCCAGAACGAGAUCGGCCCCUGUGUCGACACUCUACACAGCGCGAACACCGCGAGCCAAGUCCAGGCCGCGAAGCGCCGCUUCGAUGAGCUUUCAAUACAUAAUGAUGGACAGAAUACAGGAUCGACUGCAAUUGAUCAGUCGACCAAGAAGCCAUCGUGUUGCGAGGUCGACCCCGUAGCUUAGUCCCUGCGCCCGCGGCGACCAGGCCUCAGGGUCGUCCGAGGAAGACGGAGGAGAAGAAGAAGGAGGCGGCCAUAGCCAAGUCCGAGAGAGCAGCACAGCAAGCUGCCGAAAGAGAACUUGAUGAUGAACGUGCAAGACAACUCAAAGAAGCGGAGCGAGCUAGGCUAGAGGCCGAGCGAGCGCCUCAACGCCAACUCAUAUUAGACGAGCAGAGUCAGCGGAUGCAGGUCAGUUGUGAAAGCCCGAUUUGCGAUAGAUCAGUGGGAUCAUGAGUGUCAAAACCUGUCAGGCAUGUGGCAUUGACGUCAGAAAUGAAACGUGCCGCAUCCUUCCAUACAGUUUCCCCCUGCAAAAGUGUACACUGAGCCGGGCUACAUUCCCGUCGCCCGUAUUCCUUCUGACUAAUGCAUGUCCGUGGCUCCUAAUCUUAGACUCAAACAACUCUCAACUUUGCACCGGCAACAACUUCACCCCAAACUCCGUUUCCAGACGGCUCGUCUGCCAUACCUUCCGCAUCCGAUGCCUCAGUCUCGACCAACUCCACGUCGCGCUCGAUUCCGACGUCGGUCGGAUCGGCAUUGCCCGACAAUUCAGACUCUUUCAACAGUCUCGAAGGAGGCAUCCACCGGAACCUUCGCCAACGAUUUCCAAAGUCUGGUGUUUCUCCGUGCCAUGCCAAUGCGUGCUUGGCUGACUACGUGCUAGUGCACAAUCUCACGGUCAGUCCAACUCCACCAUCGCGAUUCGAAGAAGCGGCAACCAUUCUCACCCAUUAUCCCUUGUGUUCGCAGGUUGGGACGUUCAAUCGUACCGGAAAACCAUUCGUGGGGCACUACGACCUCUGGCUCACUGUGGAAUUACAUCGUCUGAGGCGCAAGACCUCGGCAUUUCUCCCAUGGCACUCAACCACUGUGUCAGAUAUAGUCAACCCGCUGCUCUACACCACCGAAACAUUCGGCAUCGUACCUGUUGUUCAGUCGCCAACAGCGCAAAUGCGCUUUUUGAUCGAGCCCUAUCACGUCGAGCGCGGGACUCUGCGUUUGGAGCCCGUCAAGUGGUCGCCAUGGAGCUUGCUGCAGAACAAUACGCCGGCGAUACAGCAUAUGCAAAGCCGGCUGCCAACCGAUCGCAAGCUUCGCCACGACUGGCUAGCGGAACGUCAGGGUACUCGAUUCGCUGUAUUGCAUGUCCAUACACCCAGCGAACGAGCGCUAUACAGAUAUCUCUCAAGCAAGGUACGACUGGGAACUCCUCAAUCUUCGGAUACUCGAGAUUACCGAGCUUUGGAACAAGUAUGCCAACGGAAUAGACAUUUUUUACAAAGUAUGUCGCGUCUGUGUCACACUGAAUGGUGAUGUUGAGCUGAAGCGCAAUUCUCACACAGAUGCCAGAGCACAUCAAUACAUGGGCAUCGAGAUGGUCGUCGCUGGCAAAUGUUCAAGCCACAAUGAACAUGGUUGGGAACGACGUCAGAGUGAUUCAAGCUUUGCUUACCGACCCCUCCCGCGGUCGUGAUGUCAGCGUGCUAGCGGCUGAGCCAUUACUCGGUCACAAACCGCCAGUCUUGGGGAGGCUUACGGAGGUAGAAGUCGAUGCCUCGGAUCCUCCAACGUCAUCCAUCCGCCCCUUAUUGCAACUGCCUCGAGCGACGCUGGUUCAAGCGCGGGCUUGGGCACGAGCAGCGCUUUGACGCGCGCGGGUACCACAAAAGGGGCAAGGCACUGUCGAUUCUGUGGCCAAACUACUUGUCGACGCAAGGGGUCAAAACUAAGCGAUGACGGAUCAAUGACUGGGUGUGACGGGGCGUGCUUGGACUGCGGGAAGCCUUUCGGGCUAACAGACGAGAUGGAUUCGAACGACCCACAAUCACGAAGGUUCUGUAGAGGACUGACAAGGGCUGAGAUGAAUGGCCGAGCUCGGCAUCAAAAGGCACAACUUUGUAGCUGCAUAACACCUGGGUAAUAUGAUGUAUGCUGUCAAAAUGACAUGUUCCGUACCACUUCCUCUCUUUCUCCUUUUUCACCUCCCCCUCCCUCUUCUUCUUCUUUCUCCUUCUUUCUCUUCCCCUCCCUCUUCCUUUCCCCCCCUUUUUUUUCUUUCCCCCCCCCCUUCCUUUUUUCCCUUCCUUUCUUUUUUUUUCCUUUUUUUUUUCUUUUCCUCUCCUCCCAUCCACCCCCCGACAUGGGUACGGGCCCUGAAUUCGGCCGUUUUCGUUGAUCGUUGAUCUGCUCCUGACAGUGCCGCGGGUGCGCCUGCGACCCCAGCCGAGGCCGAGGCCACGACUGUACACAAUGAUGGCGACAGUGGGCCUCUCCACAAACCUCAAGAAGCGGACGGACUCUCGACUGAAGGACGAGGCCGAAGGGCUUGUGCAGCUGUCGCACGCCUUCGACGCCUAUAUCAGGUCAGAUGACGGCGAUCUAGACGAGCUGGCGGCGCCGGUGGCAUGGCCGAGCGGCGAGGAGCUCAGCGAGUGGGGUACCGAAGAUGGGUUCAAAACCUUUGUGGCUGACGUUGUACGCGGGGUAAGAUCUGCGCCAACGACGUGCUUUCUCUUCGAUUCCGGCAGCUCACAGCUGAUCUUACGACAUUUCGACACUUUAGCUCGUCACCGACGCCAAAGUCGUGGUCUGUGGAAAUUCGCAAUUUCCCGUUCCGACCUCCCCGGGACAAGCGGCCGCGACACAUGUCCGCACAUGUGCCCUCGGGACAAGUCCCAUCCGCGGACAACUGCCCGGAUGUCGUCUUCCUCUUGCCCCAUGCAGCGACGGCAGAGAAGAUGGAGGCUUGGGGCAUGACGAAGAACGAGAUCGAGGAGAUCGAGGCAGGGGCCAAGCUGGUCGAUCUGCGUAUGUUGAACGAGGUUUACGCGUUCGUCGAGUUGAAGAACUCUCGGAAAUGGGAUGCAGCCGAAAAUCAGAGCUUCAGACAUCUCUACCGGAUGACGUCAACCGACCCAAUUCGACGAUGGGUGGUUUGGGCGACCAUGUGCGGGACCGAGCUGCGGGUGUACGCCCAUACACCAGCCGGUAUUAUUGCAACAAAGCCGAUCGAUUGCGACGUGCCGAGCGGGUUGCGCUGCCUGAAACGUACCUUGCUGCGCUUCCUCAAAGGCGACCUCUCUUCGUGGCACGGCGUCGUCUCCCCUGCUCCAAUCUCCUUCCCACUGGUUAUUCUCCCGACUGCAACUUUCACCCGCUUGCCUGUUCUUCCGAGCAACCUUCAAGUUCUGAAACGCAUCUACGUCGAUCCGGCGAUGUUUGGACCGCGUCCAGCAAAGUUCAGUACCCGACUGGCCGACGGCCCCGACGACAUUGCCCUCGUUUCGGCCGACGAAGAACGUCUUCUGGUGAUCGAUCAUACCGAUGUCGACGCCGUGAUCCGAGAUCGCCGGAUCCAGGAACUUAUCGAAGCAGUACGAUCGGACGCAUCGCCGGCAGGUCUUCAGACACCUCUACCGCUCGGCCAUGCCAACGGUGCCGUCGCCGUCGGCUCGUCGAGAUCGCCAGAAUCUUGA